UCAGCUGGAAGAGAUAACAUGAAGUUAAUAAAUCUCAGAAAUCUGAGGACGAGAAAGCAGAUGUACAGUGCACAAGCAGGAAGACUAAUUUGAGCAGCGUGUUCUCAAUCACAGUGACUACAGCCCAGCUAAAUGAUCAGGAAGUCGAGCUACCUGCAAUUUGAGAAGGUUUGAGCUGGUCAAACUAAAUCUUUACUCCUGAACUGGGAGCAGAGUGGAAUUUUCAGGAGCUGCAAAGAAUUCUGGAACAAAAUAAGACCAGCAAGCUUUUAAAAAUACCAACUGUAAUCACCUCAAUAAGUGAUGAACGGCCAGUGUCAAUAUCAAGCACCUAGCCGCCACAGAGGUGUGAGGACCUGACACCGUCAUGAAGAUGCUUACAGUUACUUUGAUGCUCCUUGUGGUCAAAGGAAUCCAGGGUAAUGUUAUCCCCCAGAAUGAAACUGAAUUGAGUGAACCCGUAUCCAGGCCACAACCUUUGUGGGAUUUAUUCAAUAUCAGGAGUGAAAUAGUUACUAGAGCCAUUGAAGGCCUCUCGCAGUCUGACAUUGGCAAAUCAAUUCAGGCAAAGAUAGCAGGUAUUGAUGGAAUUCUUGAAGACUGGGUUGUUAGUUCAACAAAGCAACUUUCCACCUUGGCAAAAGAACUCACAUGGAAAGAGGAGCCACUCAUUGAUAAGGUUCUCAACCAGACCAUUUUGGUUUGGAAGAAACUGGCGUUUGUUGAUGAAGAGCUACAUGGAGUAAUUGGACAGGAAGGAUACGCCACCAUUCAUGAGAAAUUGGAGAAGCUUCAAGAAAUCCUCCAUCAUUCCAAUGUGACCCAGAGGCUCACAACUAAUAAUCUGGAUCAGCUAUACCAGAGCGCUGCCCAUCAUUUGGAGAGAAGCUACAACUUAACUGCUCCUUACUCUGGAAAAAUAGUUCAAAAACUACAAGAUCUUGUAUCUCUUGUUCAUAACGCAACAGAGGAAUUGAAAACUUGGUGAAAGUGAACACAGGACCAUCAACUGCAACUUGAGUAUACACCUGAUCGCUUCUGAAACCAAAGCGGUGAAUUAAGGAAUACAAAUUAAACUACCAAUCAACCAUUACAUAACCAACCUCCAUUUGAUGUUGUUAGUUGUAAUUAAUAUAAACAAACAUAUUCUAAUAGCUUUACAAAUUGGCACGAAUGAAACAAGUCUUUUUUUAAGAAAAACUGACAGUAUACUUUAGUUUAGAUUAGAGUGGUGCUGGAAACGCACAGCAGGUCAGGCAGCAUCCGAGGAGUAGGUAAAUCGACAUUUCAGGCAA